CACUGCAUACAAUAUAAGGCUACAAAUAUAGGCUACAAGACAAACGUCGAUUUAUGACAUAUUUUUAGUCUGCGGAACUUAUCUCAGAGAAGUUGUUCAAUGUCGGACGCAAAAUAAAGACGUACCAUGGACGAUAAUGUGGAGACCACCACGAAAGUAUCUAGAAAAAGUAAAGAUGAAAAGAAAGUGCUUCGUAAACAAAUCAAAGCCAGUCAUACUUUACUAAAACAUGAAGGCAUCCACACGACAUCAAAACCGACGAAGCAUCUGGUGGUCACAAAUGGUGGCCUUGGGAAUGGGGUAAGUCGAGAGGAUCUGUCUGCAACCCUGGAAGAAAUCGGACGGGUGGAGGUCCUCGUCAUGCCUCCGCACAAACCCUAUGCCUUUGUGACGUACAGUUCAGAGGAAAAUGCGCUCAAAGCUCACAUUAACCUCAAUGGACAUAAGCUGCAAUGUGGUGAAAGCACUGUCACUCUCUAUCUGAGCUUUGUUGAAUCAGUCAAGUGUAUGGAAGAAGAAACUGUUUGUUUACCAGAAGGUUUGACAGUAGUAGAAGGCUUUGUGUCUGCUGAAGAAGAGGCUCAACUACUCGCAUCUACUGACUGGUUAUCCGACAGUGAUCGAGAUACUGCCCAGAAAGCUCUCAAGCACAGAAAAGUAAAACAUUAUGGUUAUGAGUUUCGAUAUGACAACAAUAAUGUGGAUAAAGACAAGCCUUUACCCGCUGGUCUUCCAGUGGAGUGUUUGCCUGUAUUGGAACGAUGUAUAAAGCAUGGAUACAUCAAUGUAAUGCCAGAUCAGCUCACUGUCAACCAGUACGAAUCUGGGCAAGGCAUUCCUCCUCAUGUAGACACCCAUUCGCCCUUUGAAGACACUAUUAUGUCACUAAGUCUUGGCGCACAGACAGUGAUGGAGUUCCGUCAUCCUGAUGGCCGCCUCAUUGCUGUGGUCCUGCCAGCCCGAAGCCUGUUGGUGAUGAAAGGGGAGAGCCGAUAUCUGUGGACCCACGGAAUAACUCCUCGAAAAUUUGAUAUGGUACCUACUGCUGAUUCCGACUGCCCCAUCCGCACAAUAUCUAACCUCACACAAAGCAAUCUGACUUUGAACAAGAGGGACACUCGCACUUCAUUUACCUUUCGCAAAAUCCGACAUGAGCCCUGUAAUUGUGCCUUCCCCUCUGCCUGUGACAGUCAAGGAGCACCCUCCGCUCCGAGGCCAUCACAGCCCGCCCCUCCCUCUCUGCCGGGGUGCCAGACCGAUGCAGCCCAUCUGGAGCAGCAGUAUGUGCACCAGGUGUACGAUGCCAUUGCCUCCCACUUCAGCAGCACGCGCCAUUCGCCUUGGCCCAGGGUGUGUGACUUCCUCUGCUCGCUGCCACCUGGAAGUGUGCUGGCUGACGUGGGCUGUGGUAACGGGAAAUACCUAGGAGUCAACCCACAGGUGGUGGCGAUGGGUUGUGACCGCAGCAGUGGCCUCAUUAACAUCUGCGCAGAGAGGGGUUUCCAAGUGUUUGUGUCUGAUGCCCUGAGCGUUCCUUUGAGGACAGCCUGUUGUGACGCAUGCAUCUCUAUAGCUGUUAUACAUCACUUUUCAACACAGGAACGACGGCUUGAGGCUAUAAAGGAGCUUGUCAGACUACUCAAACCGGGCGGCCAAGCACUUAUCUACGUGUGGGCCUUUGAACAAGAGUACAACAAGCAAAAAUCAAAGUACCUCAAAGACUCCAAGGAAAAACAAAAGCCCACUGUCAGUAUUUCUACAGAACAACAAACAUCUAAUGGUCAGUCAAGUGUUCAGACAAUCAAACGUUUUGAAGAAGAUAAUGAAAAUGUAUCAGCCAUGCCAUCCCCUAAAAAAGUGACUCAAGGUAAACUAAGCGUGCACACUAAUCGCACAGCCUUCACUACUCAGGACCUUUUGGUUCCUUGGCAUCUCAAAGAUGGGAAAAGGGCAGUGGAAGAAAGGAAAAAUGUAAAAGAAGAAACUCAAGGUAGCCAGACAAAAAUAUUCAGCACUGAUUCAAAUAAAACCUGCAAUCCUCCCCCUUGUCCUGAAUUACAAAACAGCUCAAAAGAUCACAUGACUGCAUCUAAUAAUUCUAAUCCUAAACAGUCAGAGAGCAGCUCAGUUCCAGUCUUUCAUCGCUAUUACCAUGUUUUCCAGAAGGGGGAGCUGGAGCAGCUGUGUGGCCAGGUGGCUGGAGUAAAAGUCCAGAGUAGUUAUCAUGACCAGGGAAACUGGUGUGUUAUUCUACAGAAGGACUUGUAGGAGACAAAGUUUAAACAAUGUGCAAUACAUUUUACACGCAUAUUUUAAUUAUCAGAUUAAAAAAAAAAAAAAAAAAUUAAAUAACUACUUAAUAUUG